AUGGAACCCAAGCCCAUCGAAACGUUCGGCGCCUCCUUACAGGGAUACUACAACAACAAAUGCCUUUCGGACGUCGCGAUUCGUUGUGAUGGCCAGGAAUUUGCAGUCCACGGCCUUAUCCUGUUUUGUCAUUCUGACUACUUCAAAAAGCAGCUUACUGGGCUGUGGAAGGAGAGUGAUGACAAAACCAUCGAAAUUAAAGACUUUAAUGCAAAUAUUGUCGAGGCUAUGCUUCGUUUUGUUUACUUUUUUGACUACGACGUUCCUCCCAACACACGCCCUAUGAUCUUCCACGCUGAGGUUUACCAAAUUGGCGACAAAUACGGCAUCGACCUACUCAAAAAGCAAGCUGUAAAUAAAUUCGAACGUGUCGUUUAUGAAGUCGAGGUUACCGCUGAGUUUGCAAGUAACUUGGCCGACACGAUCACCAUCGUGUAUAACACCACGCCGUCAGGAGACCGAGGCCUCAGAGACAUCGUUGUGCAGAGCUCGUGCACACACCUUGGGUACCUCAUAUCAGAGACGUCAUUUAAGGGGGUCCUGGGGAUAAAUGGAGAUUUCUCAGCCGAUCUUGUCAGCCUGAUACAUGAGAAUUGGGAAAAGUAUUGUUAUUGCAAAUGUCUAUUAUGCAAGGCUGCUUUUAAAUUGACGAUAGAUUCCCCUGGUGAUCAAAUCCCAGACUAUCAAGAACCAAAGCCAAUCUUCUGUCCCGUCUGCGGCUGUCAACCGAUAUCGCCGGAGGAGAAACCAAAUUGGCUUUACUACUUUAAAGGAGAUGGUGAUUUUGACCAAGGGGAUGGAAGGGACACCAAGCGGAUGUGGGAUAAGUUCACAGAAUCAAUAGCGAGUCAUUGGGAAGCAUAA